UUGCAGCUGAACACGAUAUCAAGAAACCUCUGAACUCGGACUGGAGAAAAUGAGCUUAUCGUGGUUCUGGGGAUUUGCAGUUGUCUUUUGCAAUGCAGCAGGAGCCUUCGGAGAGGAGUCGGGGCCCACGAGGUUGAACGGGGCUGAGGGGGAGUCGGUCACUUUCGCUCCUGUGGUUCCAAGGGGAAGCCGGGUUGACAGCGUAGUCUGGAAUGGAAACUCAACUAUCGCAAUUGUGACACCAGGAGAACCAGCUCCACUCAGAGUGAUACACACACGUUACAGAGACCGACUGCGGGUCCCUGACGGGAGCUACUCCUUGCAAGUCACUGACCUGCGCCCCGAGGACACGGGCACGUACACAGCACAGAUAGCCACCCAGGGAUCCCCCGACCCCAUCUUCCGGAGGUUCGCCCUGCGCGUGUACAAAAAACUGGCAGAGUCAGACAUCACAGCCACCCCCGUGCUGGGCUCACUGAGCAUUAUGAAUGAGAUAUGUAACAUCACCCUGAACUGCACCGUGCAGGGGGCAGGAGAGGACGUGAACUGCACCUGGAACCACACUGACAGCACUGUCAACUCCACGUCUAUUCACAUUUCGCACAGACUGGGAGACGAGGGCGCCUCUGUUACCUGCACAGCCAGGAACCCCGUCAGCAGCAGCUCAAAAUCCAUCUCCCUGAAGGAAGUGUGUGCAGCAAGCUCAGCACAAUCCGGCGACAGCGGUCUGAGCGCUGGAGUUAUCGUUUUGAUAGUUGUUUGUGCUGGUGCUGCUGUGGGGGGUGUGCUGUACCAGCGGAAGAGGAGAAGAGACAAGCAGACCCUCACUCCAGGAGCUGCUGACAGUGCAGGGGCUGAUGGAGAAAACCACACAGUUUAUGCCAAAGUUGGUAAUUUCCCACUGGGGACGCAGAACAGGGGUCCACAGACCACGGAGGAAACGACAAAAACGAUUUAUUCCACGGUCCAUCUCCCAAGCCAGUAGGACACCUCCCAGCCCACCAAGGCUGAUGAUUCUGUGGCCGCUCGGAGGACAACAGAAUACGACAAGAUCAUCUAACCGCUUCCCUGGGCCACAGGAACGUGCAGCCAGCAGGGAGAGGAGCUAGCCAAGGAGUAAGGCAGCCCCAGCAUCUGCCACCCAAACAGCUGAGGAUUCAUGCGUGGAGCUUGCCCUGUGCCUAGCCGGGGUCCUGCUCACUGACGGGGGCUGCUCUCUGCUGCUGCAGUGCAAAAUCCAACCAACAAAUCAACCCCUGGGCUGCCCCCUACUCGAGGGCUUAGCACCCCUUAGAAUGCAUUCCGGCUCUAAGGCCGGGCUGGCACCACAAGGCACCUUUCCCUCCCCACGUCCAUCUCCAGCCAAACCUCAGUGACCUCAAACAAACAGAGUGGAUCAAACAAACUGCCAGGUACUUAAUUACACGGACCCUUCGCUGCCUCGCUUUUCUCCUCCUCCUCCAGAAGGAACUCUGGUGACUCAGGUAUUUUUUUACCCUCAAGGGUUUCAAAUCAACGUUCCUCACCAGGCAGAGCAAAGCUGCCACCAUGUCUGUCCUAGGAUGCGAGAGACACAACUUGAGAGAGGCCGGAUCUUGGAGGGAAACCCGAGGAAAGUUUGCGGGUGGGGUGGGGGGGUUGGCAGGAAUUUCUUUGUGCCCUGCAUGCAGCGGGAAUGGAUUUUACUAGCACUAAAGGCAGGAGACGGAAAAGGCAGUGCAAACCUGACUGGAGCGUUGGAGACCCGAGAUGCCAUGCUCUCUGCAUUCCACACAACACCCGUGGGACAUCCGACCCAACAGGAGGGACGUGUCCAGGGGAUAGUUUCAGUUUGAGGCAAAUAAACUGUUUGGUUUCACCAAAAUCUCA